AUGUUUCAGCAACAAUUUACCAUUGGCCACGGCCCUUUUGAGCGAUGUCAUACUUUGAGCCUUCCGAGCAUCAAGAGCAUGCAGGAGCUCAAAGCAGGUAUCGCCAAAGUAUUUUCUGUUUCUGACUGUGAUUCUAUCUGUUUUUACAACAGAAGAGAUGUUCUAACAUCACUGGACGACAUCGAAAAGUGCGAUGCUCCAGUGCAGAUCAGGGUCAAUGGGGAAAUCGUAAGAGAGCCUUCUGGACCAGAGCCACUGCCUUACGUUGGAAACCGCUAUGAGCUGUAUCCGGAUCCACUCGGCAACUAUGACCGUCUGUUCGACAGAUACGGUCCAGUUAUCAAGACUGUGAAUAUGGGAACUACGAUCUAUCUCACCAACGACCCAGACGUUUCUCGCGAAGUUCUCCGCGAGGGUCAAUUCUUCACCAAGACGACCUCGGAUCCCAGCCACCCAUUGUAUUACAUGCGCAACAAUGAGGCGCUUUUCACUUGCGACAGCGAUGCUCCGGCAUUCAGGCUCGCCCACAAGUUCAUCCCUCCAAGUCUGACACCAAAGGCUGUCCGUCAUUACACACCAAUUGUGCAGGCCUGUGUGGACAGGUCUUACAAGGUGUUUGAUGAGCUCGAUGACAAGGAGCUCGCUUUCAAUGUUUACCAGUACACAUUCAAGAUGGCCGGGGAGAUCAUCUGGAAAGUCAUCCUCGGGAUGGAUCUGGGGCACUUUGACUCAAUUGAUUCAAAACCACAUGAGACCAUCAGAUUGCUCGGCGAAUAUCUUUCUUUGAUGAAGAAGACUUCGCUCAGAGGAAGUUGGUACGGGUACCUUCCGUUCGGCACCCCGAAGCGACUUCGCCUCGUUCGGCAAUUGCUUUGGGACGGAGUUGCCAAAGGCAUCGAAGAAUCCAUGCCACCGGAGACUUCCUCAGACCUACCGAUGAAGGAUGCGGCGCUCAACGCGACUUGCGUGGCAGAUUAUUUACGCCGGGCAACUGACGACAAUGGGGAAAAGCUCCCCGAGGAUAUUAUGUUGAGCAAUUGCGUUAUUCUGGUCGGAGCUGGAUUCGUCACCACAUCGUCCCUUCUGGCAUGGCUGAUUUACGCCUUGGUCAAGUAUCCCGGAAACCAAGAGCGUCUGCUUCAAGAGCUCGUCAACAAUGGAGCAGAGGCGGGGAAAGAGUGGUUAUACGACGAGCUGACUGAGAUGCCGUUUUUGGAUAAGUUUGUCAAGGAAACGCAGCGAAUGCACAAUCCGUCUUUCCAGACAGCGCGCAACGCAAAAGAAGAUGUUGUUCUGCCAGGCGGCUACUUCCUGCCUAAGGGCGCGGUCGUCAUCCCCACGUUUCCGUCUAUACAUAAAAACGCGGCGCAUUGGGAUAACCCUACCCGAUUUGACCCCGACCGGUGGGAGACUGAGGCUGCUGCAUUCAAUAUCACCAGAUUUGUCACAAUGGCGACCAACACGUAUGCCACGACGUCCACGCAUAUUGGCGUCAACGCGACCACUGAGACCACUAGCAGCGUGACCACACAACUAAGCGUCUUCGAUCUGAUUCCACCGCGAGUUUACAUCAAGUUCAUCGUCUACCUCCCACUGCAACCCAAAGUCACCUUCCAGCAGGCCUUUGCACACCUGCAAGCCGGGCUCCAAGGCACGCUUCGCCAGUUUCCAUUCCUGGAUGGUCGCAUUUUUCCGAGAGACGAACGCGAGCCGGGCUGGAGGCCGGGACACAUCGUAGUGUCGUACGACCCCUCAGGGUCCGGCGACAGGACUAAUCCCCCGAGACAACUAGUCUUCAAGGACCUCUCGGAAGUCCUGCCCGACUUCGAAGACCUCCGCGACGCAGGCUUCGAGUUCUCGGCGUUCGACGACGAGCUCGUCCUCUCCGCGCCUUUCGUGCCGGAUCUUUCUGGCGGUGCAGAUGUGUUCUUGGCCCAGGCCAAUUUCGUCAAUGGUGGCUGCAUCCUCGCGACGGGAUUCCAUCACUCUGCCAGCGAUGCAACCGGCAUGGUCACCGCGAUGAGAGCCUGGGCAGAGCACUGUCGAAACUUGGGAAAUCCUGACAGCAACGUUUGCGACUGGCUUGCCCCAGAAAGUUUCGACCGGACCCUGCUGGAAAGAUUGUGGAGCAAAUCCCCGGCCAAGCCAGUCGCGGAGAUCCCGCGCGACACGUGGGGCUUCCUCGGCUUUCAGCCACCGGAUGCGGAGGAUGAUCCGGCGGAGCAUGCGGCCCCACCUCCGGCACCGACACGGACGAUGGAGUCGAGCAUCUUUUAUAUCUCGCCUGAAAAUUUCAAUGCACUGAAGCGGGAGGUGCUUUCGGAUGGAAACGACGGCUCGGGGUUGUCGGCCAACGAUGCACUGCUAGCCCUUUUCUGGCGAGCCCUGAUGAAGGCGAGAUAUCGCGCAGCUAUUGCCACCGGGCAGUCCACCCCACCAGAUGAGGUGUCUUACCUCGAGUCGCCGGUAGACGGCCGCACAGAUUUCGAUCCCGCUCUUCCGUCAUCCUACGCUGGGAAUCUCGUUAUCGUCAAUAAGGUGCCCAUGCCGGUGGUCGACCUCGCGGCGCCCACAACAAGCCUUCGCGACGUCGCUCUGAAGGUGCGCGCCCAGGCUGCCAAGGUGAACCCAGGGCUUGUGAAGGAUGCAUUCACUCUUAUGAGGGAAGUUCCAGACUACACCAAGCUGAAGCACGCAUUCACGCGGCUCGAUGGCUUCGAUGUCAUGAUUACGUCGGUGCUGCUUUUGCCGCUGGACAAGAUCAAUUUCGGGGCGGACAUAUUCGACAACGACGGCAAGCCUGAGUCGCUGCGUCCGCUGAUGGAUGCGUUCAACGCCAACUUUAGACUUUGCAUGGUCCUGCCGAUGAAGAGUCAUGGUGGCAUCGAGCUGCUCGUCAGUCUAUUUGCUGAUGAGAUGGACCAGCUUCUGGAAGAUGAUGAGUUUGCGAAGUUUGCGGCGUUUUGCUGCCAUUAA